CCCUUCCCCAACCGCUGCGGUGCCCGGCAGCUGCUCGUCCCCCGGCCCCGGCCCCGGCCCAUCACCCGCCGCCGCCGCCGCCGCCAUGAACACGGCGCUGUCGCGCGCCAACUCGCUGUUCGCCUUCUCGCUGAGUGUGAUGGCGGCGCUGACCCUCGGCUGCUUCCUCUCCACCGCCUUCAAGCAGCGCAGCGUCCCCGUCCGCAUCCACGUCUCCAAAGUCGUGCUGAAAAAUGUGGAAGAUUUCACGGGACCCCGAGAAAGAAGUGACUUGGGAUUGAUCACGUUUGAUCUGUCUGCAGAUCUGAAGCCGAUCUUUGACUGGAAUGUCAAGCAGCUGUUCCUUUAUUUAUCAGCAGAGUACAAAACAAGAAAUAACGCAUUGAACCAGGUUGUUCUCUGGGACAAGAUUGUACUUCGUGGCGACCACACCAAGCUGGAAAUGAAAGAUGUGAAGUCAAAGUAUUUCUUCUUUGAUGAUGGAAACGGCCUGAGGGGUAAUGAGAACAUCACCCUGUCGCUGUCGUGGAACGUGGUCCCCAACGCCGGCAUCCUGCCUCUCAUCAUGGGCUCAGGACACUACUCCGCAGCAUUCCCACAAUCCUACGAGAUGACCAAAAGCUACUGAACUCUUGACUCUUGCCUUUGUGAUAUUCCCUUUUACUGUCAUUGUAAUUUGAAGCUGAUAACUCAGAAGGUAUUUUUAUAUCCAAGUAUCAUGUCUGCGUGGCUGGGGGGAAACAAUCUGAACAUUGCCCCGAUUGAAAUUAAAAAUGGGUGACUGUUUUUGUAUUUUUUUCUAAUGGGCGCACAGGAAAUGUUGCUUUGUAAUUGUCUCUUUGAGUUUGUAUUUGAACCCGUUCUAUGAUGUGUUGGAUUAUUUGGGCUGAGCAGAGAAACCGUUCUCUCCACAUGCGAUGUGAGACAUGUGAAGAUGUUGCCUGAUCCCCGGGAAAUCUCCCCCCCUUGUCCAUAAGGUGUUGUCUUGCUGUCCCCUUACACUGGCAAUGUACGGAUUGUACUAUGACUGCCAUAUCUUUAGUCUUUUUAAAAUCAUUUAUUUCUACAUUACUACAUUGCCUGCAACAGCAGUCUGAUGGUACUGUGAGGACAAACCAUGUGUGAACUACCCUGCUGUGUCUGCCCUGAAUCUAAAGGUCACUUCACUCUCUUUGUAUCAUUGAAGAAAAUGAUGGUCUCCUUAUUAAUUAUGCUACUAAUUCCCCCUCCAACUGCUAAAGCCUUAGUCAUGACAUUUAUUAUGCUCAUUGCAAGAUUUUAUUUACUAUGCAAAAGAAUCCCAUCCUAUUCCUCUAAUGUCAGCAAGCUUGUUCCAUUGAUUAUUUUUGUUCUGGCUUUAUUAUUUGCUGUACCUUUAAAACACCACACACAGUGAAUUGAAGCAUGAGUAUUUAUACCAAGUGUUUUGGAGAUGUCCUCUGGUGGAGACCAAGCCUUGCUUGUACCUUGCAGCACAUUUGCUUUUAUAAUUACUGUGAAUGGUAACAUCAAAUACAGCAAUGUGCAUAUUCUGUGGAACAGAAUACAUGGAA